CUCAAACGGUCUCUCACUUUUAGCCUUUGACUCCAAAUUUAUACCAUGAGACCUAGGUGUUAGUCAAUCAAAGGCUUGCUACUUUGCAGAAAGGUCUACAGGGACUACAGGAUAUACAUUUGGUCACCACCAACUAUAUUCUAAUAUAAUUGCUCACUGUUUACUUUAAUAUGGGUUUACGAGGGACUGGCUUUCUCCUUCAGUGUUACCUGAUGUUGGCAGCGGCCAUGUAUUUUGAUCUUGGAGAACUGGAGGAAAAAUGCAUCAUUGAGGAGGUUCCUGAAGACACAUUGGUGACUGGUUAUUUUUUGCUGGAGCCUUGGGAUCCGAAGUCAUUUAGCCACAGUCCUCACUUUGGAGUCACUGUGACUGUCAGGGAUCUAAGCUAUGAGGUUGUGAUGUCCAAACGCUAUGGAAAAUUUGGUAAAUUUACCUUCACAGCUCAUACCUCUGGUCAGCACUACCUUUGCUUCCAAACAAACUCCACAAGGUUUUCUGUCUUUGCCGGUGAAAAGCUGAAGCUACAUUUGGAUGUUCAGAUGGGAGAGCACCCAAUUGACCACAGUGCUGAGAAGACCAAAGACAACAUGGAGGCUCUGGAGAAAAGUCUGUAUCAACUCAUAAGCCACAUGAUGUACAUCACCAGACAGCAGGAGUACCAGAGGGAGAAAGAGGAGUUGUUCCGUCAGAUGAGCGAGGACGCUAACAGCAAAGUGCUGUGGUGGGCUGUGGUGCAGACCACCAUCCUGCUGUCGGUUGGUUUCUGGCAGAUAAAACGACUUAAAGACUUCUUUGUUGCCAAGAAACUGGUCUGAUUAUGAACCCUAACCCGACCUGUGGAAGCUAUCCACUGUUUGCAUGUUCAACCCUCACUUGUACUUCUGUAUUUUCUGUUCAGGCCUAUAAAUACGGACAAAUUAAAGGAAGAUGAGAUGGAAAUAAUGCGCACUAUGUAUGGUUAAAUUAUCAAGGAAGUGUAAAGAUGUGACAAAUGCUUAUGUGCUAAUAUUACUGUAUAUUUUGUCUUAAAUACAAUGAUAAUUAUAGUUUUUACACACAACUUAAGGGGUUAGAACAGGGAUGUAAAACUAAUUUCAGGUCAGGGACCACAUACAGCACAAUUUUAUCUCAAGUGGGCCAAAUAAUAACCUACAGGACACCUAAGGACAGCUCCAAUUUUCCUCAAUUUUUUCCCCAGGAGAAUGUUUACAUCGAAUAAAC